GCGGUGUUGUAUUUAAACUCUGUGAUUGAUUGGUUUGGUCUGUCGGUGUUAAAAAUGGCGGCGCUCGUGGCCUCUCCACGUGAAGUGUUUUCAGAAGCAGUGAGAGCUGUUUUAGAAACUUGGCCGGUUUUACAGAUAGCGGUUGAUAAUGGCUUUGGUGGAGUUUACAGUCAGCAAAAGGCCGACUGGAUGGUGGACGCGGUCCAGCAAUAUUUUCAUGACAACAAUGACCUAGAACAGGAUGAAGUGGAGGACUUCCUGUCCGAGCUGAUGAAUAACGAGUUUGACACGGUGGUGGAUGAUGGGAGCCUGCCACAGGUGGCGCAGAAGGUGUGUGUGAUGUUCCAGCAGUGUAAGCAGGGGAAACUGGCUGAGGUCAGACAGCAGAUCAGCCAGUUAGCAUUGAAAAAGGCCAGCGGGAGGGCAAAGGUCACACCUAUUAAAUCCCCUACAGAGGAUGCGGAGGAUAGCAACGAUGAUAAUGAUGAAGAGUCUAUGGAGUGUGAUGAGGCCGGAGCAGGAGCUUCAGUGAGCAGCGCAGCAGUGAAACAGCAGCAGCAGCCGUCUUCAUCUGCACCUGCAGAGGAGGACGAGGAGGAGGAGGAUGGCUGGACGGUGGUGCGCAAGAAGAAGUGACCAGCGCUCCACUAUAAAUGAACUCGAGUGCCAGAAAUGCUGUCUGAAUGAACUUGUAGUAAUGGAGCAAAAAAAGUACUAUCAGCAAGCUACAUCACGAAAGAGCGUUGCGGGGGUGGAGACUGUUCAUGCCCGUGUGCUACCUGGCGGUAAAAAUCAUCUGAACUUGCCAUGUAAGAACUACUGGUACAGAUGUUUACCAAAACUGUUUUCUUUUAAUUUAAGAUGCUCCAGUUUUGUCUUCACUGCUUUUUCCAGAGCUCUUUUUUUCCUGUGUAAACUGCAUCACUUCCCAGUUCAUGUUUUUGUGCUUUCUUGCGUCUCGUCAUGCCCUCGUGUGGACACACUGGGCUCUGCAGGACACAUCUGGCACACAUCUGCAGUGAGCCCAAGUCGUGUGUGUGUGAUGCACUUCAGGGACUCUCACAUCUCAUCAUUCUCAUCAUCCUGACAGUGUACAGCCUGUUUUCUGAAUUUAAUAUACCUUUGCAUAUUGUGAUUUAUCAACGUUAUAUGUGUACUGUAUACCAAGGAUACAGGAUAAAAAAAUUUGUUAGUAUAACACUCACUUUUCAGUAUAUGCUUACAUAUUUGCAUUUUUAAUGCAUUUUAAAAUUAUAUUAAAUCCAAAUAUUUAAAUUUUUUGACAAGAGAAAAUUGCUUUUAGCGUUUGAUUUUCUACACUCGUGAUUUCCCAACAGUCAAACCUGACUUCAUUAGUACAAUUUCCGGCUAUCUGAGUAACAGGAAGAGUUCCAGUAUACCACAUCAUGCCUACGACAUUGUUUUUUGGCCAGGGUUAGUAUGCAUACACAGCAGGGAUAUAGCUGAAUAUAAAUACAUUGUUCGGAAUUAACAGAUAAUGUGUUCUGUACACAUACAAAUGAGAGGCGCUCUGUUCGUUUGUCUUUGCCAGAAACGAUCAUGUCAUCUGGUUGAGACUAGAGAUGUGCACGGGGACUGAAAAAGUCAUGCGAGUGGGAGAUUUUUAUGAAGGUCAAAUGAAAACCUUAAAAGUGUAUAAUUGAGAAUAUUCAAAAGCUGUUCUGAGGAUAAAAAAAAGAGUGAGAAAGGCUGAGGGUGGGAGUAUGUUAUUUGAAAAUGAAAUGAUUAACUUUUGUGACACUAUUCACAAUAAACAAUGCAAAAUAAUAAACUGAGGUUUUCAUUUCACUCAUACUUGUACUUUCAUGUGGGCAAGCAGUUAUACAUCAAGCUUGCAGGACAAAGAACAUUCAUUGACAUGAACGAUGCAUUUAUUAUUCAUCCGUCGUUAGUAACUGCGUGGUCAAGGUUGUGGUGGUUUAAAUUAGGCUAAUAGUUUGUUUACUAGUUUCAGGGACCAUCUUUUAAAAAAAAAAAAAAAAAAAACACCUUCUGGGGCAGGCCAUGCUCACUUCAUGUUUAAACCUGGAUACAGAUAUGACUAUUUGGAGCACUACACAGAUACAGAAAGUGGCACUGAAUUAGAUCCCUGAUACACAGUAUGGAAUGUCAAACGCUGCUGUAU